AUGCAAAUCGUGAGGCUCUCAUGGCGUUCUUCCUACAUGCAUGUGGUGCAUGGAAACGGAGGCAGAAGCCGCGCCGGUGAUGAGCCUCGCCUCCCCGAGUCGGCCGAGCAUUGUUUGAGCAUGAUUGUUUCUGUUUGUUCACCCAAUGCUCCUGGCGCUGGGCCGCCGAAGACGUCUGGCCAGUGUCUUCCCGGCAUUCCACUAUGGUUUUUUGGCUUCAAAAAUCGAAAUUUUUCUCAAGUUUAGCUUCAUUUUGUGCCGGCAUACUUUUGAAUGAAGAUUUUUGAUGAACUGCCCUUUUUGUGAAAAUUGUCUUUAUAUGGCUCAAAUUUCUCUUUUCUUGAACUUCUCUGUCUACAGUAAUCCGAUUAUUUGUAAAUUUUCAAACUCAAAAACCAAGAAGAAAGUAUGAUUUUCAAUUUUAACGUAGAUCUGCCGAUUCUUAGGUUGCGGUUUCAAUCCCAGGUGGGGGUCAUAUAUUGUCAAAUAUACCUGUCAAGUAGGCUUCCUUUCCGAAUUUCAGGUUGCGGUUUCAAUCCCAAAGGGGUCUUAUUUUUCUGAAAAAAAUCAUAAAUUUUUUUGAAAGAAAUUUGAAAAUCCUGAUUUCUUCAUACCCUUUUUUCUUAAAUACUCAUGACAAGAUGUUUUUUUCAACUUCCAUAACCUCACUUUUGAGCAAAAAGCAGAAAAAUCAGACUUUCUGUUUCUCACAGAAAGAAAUAAUUCAGCUUAUUUUUUCGAAAAAAAAGUUUAUUUCCCGAAAUUUCUGUUCAGAAUGGGAGAACAACAGCUUGUCUUUUUCAAUUUGUACACCUGCUCAUCAUCAACUUUUUCUCCUCAAAAUUUCUCCUUUAUUCCAAAAAAAUCCUUGUCCCUGACAACAUUUUCCUCGUUAUACAUUAUUUUCAGUCGUUUAUUUUUAUUUUCCAAGGUAACAAAACCUUCAAUAUGACUUUUCUUUCAGCUCGGCAAAUAAUGCCGCGGCUCUUCAUCUUGAGUGCUAUCCUGAUCCCUUAUAUAAGGUAGGUCGGAUUUUUUUUUAUACCUGGAUUCCAUGUUUUCAGCACAUUUUCCUUGGUUCAAGACACAAAAGGAAGCGGAUGUGUUGAGUUGUUAUGUCCAGCCGCUGCCAUUGAUUUUGGUGAGUCUCAAUUUUUUUUUUUAAAUGGGACAGAUUGUAGUAGCUCUCAUGCUAGCUCGUGAAAAAUAAGAAUCUGACAGGAUUGGUCAAAAAUUGUGUUAUAGUCUGUGUACCACGACUUGGAAUUUCACCAAACGACAUUCCGCUGUUCCGCCGGGCGCCUUUGCGAAUCUCGGUCGCGCUUUCAAUUUUUUUCUUCAUUUAAAUACUUUCAAGUCGUGGUACACAGACGAUAAGACACGGCAUUCCUAAUGGGGUGAGGGAAGGUGAGCGAGGCGUCAAAAGUUCUGAAUUUGCAAAAAAAAAAAAGUAAGUGCGCGCCUCGGAUAAAAGGACUGUGACGUCACAGUUACCUAUCGUGGCAAAUCAAACUGAGUAUUCAACGGCAAGAAGAAUACAUUUGGCUGCGUUCUUGAGAUUUUUAAUUUCGCGCAAAAUUUUUAUUGACGUCUCCCCACCCCGUUUGGGAACGCCGUGUAAGAAGAGACAUUCCUGGUUUCUUUCGACAAGCAAAAAUUCUAGUAAAACAUAUGUAGAAAUAGAACACUGAUGAUGUUCUUCUAGGGAUCAAGAAGCUGGUGAACGAGGACACCUGGGCCAGCGAGACAUGCAGCACCUGCAAGCAGUGCACGGACAACGGCUACAGGUGAGUUCUGGAGCCUCGCUUCUUCGAUCUGAUCGAUGGCUCAGCGUGUGCCUGCGGGUGCAAGACUCACGAGCGGCCAGGAUCGAGGGCGGCUGUAGCUGCUCCCACGCGGUUCCUUCCAACUGCCACGGCGACGUCCGUCAAACCGUCCAUCCGGCCAACAUCACCAUGCGCCUCUACACCGUCUGCUACUCUAGCGGUUCGCUAGUGCUACUAACGUUUCACAACUAACAUGAAUCAAAUUUGGUCUACCAUGGCAUUUGGGGAGCUUUAUCUUGUGCAGGUGGCACAAAUCCAAACAAUUGACCUUAAAUUAUCAAAUCGGGACGGGAAAGAGGAUAUUUCAGUGCUUCAAACACCCGCCAAACCAAUUGCCGUCAACGAGAACUUCACUGUGACGGUUACGGUGGAGCCAUUUUGGGCUGAAGCCUAUUGGCAGCCGCUCAACGUCACCAACCUCACACUUCAUUAUGAAUACGUCACAAAGGUUGGGAAAUUAUUUAUCGCCAAUUCAAAGAUCCUCACUUCAGAAUCCGGAGCACUGUGAAGGAGACCUGACGACGUCGUCGACGGGAGUUCACACUUGCAAAGCCUCGCAUCCUGUCAACCUCGAUGAGGCCGAAGCUGUCGAGCCUGAGAAUGGCGAUUAUGAGCACAGCGAGGUUUGAUCCAUCUUGACUUUUAAUCUUCCAAAUAUGGAAAUAUUUUGCGACCAAAUUUACCGUAUCUCUGUCAACAGGUAUUUUUCAUGUUGAAGAAUUUUAUGAGAGCAACAAAAAAGGGGUGAAAUGAAAAAAAUAAGCAAAAACCAAGAAAAAAAAUUUUUGGAAACUAUUUUGUCCAUAGAGCAGCCUUGCUUCUUAAAUAAUUUCGCGCGUUUUCAAUCGAAAUAUUCAUUUCGCACGUCCACGCCUCAUCAUUGCUAGCAAGCAUGCUUUUAGCACCAAUAAAAACAUUUUAAACUUAAAAUUCUAUUUCUUUAGUAUUUUCCGUCUUGAUAUUGAAAAUAAAUGUGAAAAUAUUCACUGUUUUUCCUUUUAAGCUUCAAGAGGAGGUUUUAUUUUUAUUUUUCUUUUGCAUCUAAUGAUCAUUUGAAAAAUAUAAAUUUCGGCAGUAUGUUAAUUUUCGUCAGCGAUAGAUGCACAAGAAACAUCAUAACUGACGACUUUUUGUGGCAGUAUGGUAAUUUCCGUGAGCGGUUAAUGCACAAGAAACAUCAUAAUUGACGGCUUUAGCUUUGGAAACGUCCUGUUCGUUUUUUCUUGUUUUGUUUCUCGGUUUCUUUCAUAUAUAAUGUCACGCUCUCCAUAUAACUGUUGGAAUUUGGGGGAAACGCUCUAUCAGAUGGAAUCCUUGUUAAAAAUUUUAUAGAAAUCGAUAUUUAGCAUCAGCAUAGAACUCGAAAACUUUAUGACUUUUUUCCGUCGUAAUUUUGGUUUUCCCAAUUUUCCUAGGUUUUCUAUCUGAAACUCGAAAGAUACUAGUCAUUAACGGCGAUUGAUUUAAAGAUAAAUAAAAAAAUCAUUCAAGUGUAAUUGGUUUUUCCUGCUCGAAAUUUUUCUGAUUAAGCUGUGACUGUUUUGAGACUUCUUUUUCAGAAUUAUGACGAUGUUUUGCCGGAGAUUCAGUUUGAUCGAGUCGCAUUCCGCGGCGUCAAAAUGGUCCGCUUCUAUUAUACGGUAAGUGGCUUUUUCAAAAAAAUCUCAUCUGUUCGAAAUUUUUUUGGGGUUUUGAGGGAGAAAAGAUCAUAUGAAUAAUUUUUUUCUAGCAAUGAAAAAAAAUCUUUGCUUUGAAGAUUUUUGUGAUGUGUGUUCUUACAUCGUUAACAAAAUUUUAAGCAGGCUUAAAGGGAAUUUAUCAAUUUCCAGGCGUCUGUCAAGAGAACACGUCAACUCUCAGCCAGCUCUCCCCAUUCCAGUGGCCAGCAAAUCCACGACACGACGACUGUCAUCACCUCGGAGCCCUUGGACUUUGACCUAAAGCCUGAGGUGUAUGGCAACGGAGUUCGACCUGGAAAAGGUUCUGGAAAAAACAUGUUAAAAACCGAAAAAUGUGUUCAGAUGACCAGCCAGUAGCCGCCAAGCCUGUGACGACGUCGGAAGAUGACGCCACGCCCGUGCCAGAAGCCGAAGAGGAGGAGGACGAAGGCGUUAGCGAGGAGAAGGGCGGCACCGACUUCUUCCGUGACGAUGGUCCCGCCGAAGCGGAUAGUGGAGAGCAAGAGAAAAAGGAGAAGGAGGAAGAAGAAGAGACUGAGGUAGGACGCGUUGAGGUUGAAAUAAAACUCUCGUUUUUUCCAGGACUCUGCCGUCGAAGUCAACCUGGCCGACGUGAAGCCCACUAAAUUGGAAGUGAACACCAAAAAACCGACGGACAAGUCUCCGAUUGAGCUUUCCGAACCUAUCGAUGACGCUAAGGUUAUUUGCAAUCAAAAAAAUAAAUAAUAAAUUAUUCUUGAAGGCGUCGGAAGAAGUUGAAGCGACGACGGAAGCCAAAGAAGAAGAAGAAGAAGACGAGGAGGCGGAUGAAGUCGCUGACAAGGACGAAGACGUCGAGAAGGAAAAGGAGGAAGAUCAUCUCGAAGACGGAGGUUUGUGGAAAGAAAAAAAUAGAGAAAAAUGCCUGGUAGACCAAAUUUGAAAUGGGGGGAAAACUUCUAUGCAACUGGGAACUGUCCUCUGUACAAUAUUUCAACAGCUUGUGGCUUCUCUGCACUCUCUGCUCUCUCACAGAAAGUGAGAGAACAAGAGGGUGCUGACCAGUUAGACAGUUUCAAGUCUAUACGGAGUAUGCCAGGAUUGGCUGCGUCGCGAAGCAUUUUGCCGCCAAAAAUAUUCAAAAUUUUACGCGACCUCCAACGGUUUGAAAAGGACUUGUAAAGUUGGAUCUUGAGAAAAUGAAAGUCCGAAGCCGUUUACCCCGGAUACUGAGCUUCGGGAGUUUGGAAGUCCGAGUUUUCGGCGCCCUCUUCUUUCUGGGCGACCAUCUCGCGAACACCAAGUUUCAGAAAAAGAUGAAGAAGAAGCUUCUGAAGAGAAAGAAGGAGAAGAAGCUACCACAGAAAGCGCUGGAGAGGAGGAGGAAGACAAAGAAAAAGACGACGAAGAUGAAGAUGACGUCACCAGCUCGACCGUUUCCGAAGACGAGACGACGGCUGGGGAGGACGACGAGGAGACGACCGAUGAGAGUGAGGAGGGUUCAGGCGACGAGGAGGACGAGGUUCAGACAUUCACAAAGACCUUUUGAGCAGUUACUUCAGGACCUCUCGUUCUUGGAGAAGUUUGUCAGGCGGUCGGACUUCCCGCGAGUGCGGCUCGUCUUCCUGAUCACUUUAGUGGCUUUCAUCACCUUCCUGCUGCUCGUUUGUCUCGUUCGCCACCGCAAGAACUUCUGUGGAAAGGUUGGUGCGGAAAAAACUCGAAAAUCCGUAAAACCUCUUUUUUGUAUUUCGGGCCAAGGAGGAAUUUUCGGCUCCUCGUGACGAUUUACGGAGGAUAUCAUAGCAAUAUCGCGCAAGUAGAACCGAUUCACGGCUUGCUUGCGACGCAAAGAGGCGUGGCCUGUCUGCGCUCUCCAAAAAACAUGCACUGUUUCUUUUCGUGUCAGGACCCUUUUCGAUGGCUCGAGCCAGCCGUGAAUCAGCUAUAUGAAUAAUCUACUUGGAAAAAGAAAUAACUGAGAAUUUUUUAGCGAAUAGAGGUUCGCCAAGGACUACUUGGAAAGGACACUAAUGUGGCCACUAAACCCACCUCUAUAGUGGCCACUAUUUUCCGUUCUAUGUGCCACUAUAGGGGCUCUCUAUUUAGUGGCCACUUCAGUAGUUUUUCAAACAGUUACUCUGAUAAUUUUUAAAAAAAACAGAUUGGACCAGUUAUGUUGACCCAUUGACCCCUAAAGAGGCCACUAAAAUUUUCAGUAGUCUAGUAGUAGCACUUAGACCUCUAUGGUGGCCACUAACGUUUAACCCCUUAAGUGGCCACCAAUUUGACUGCUAUAGUGGCCACCAAAAAUUUUCACAGAAUGAAUUAUCAUUUUGUUUAUGAGGUGUAGUUUGUAGUGAAACUAUAGAUUGAACUUCUUCCAAAAAAUCUUAUCUGAGACAAAUUUUUCAGUUCUUUUGACCUUUCUAAAUCAACCUUAUAGCCUUCAAAGUGAAGCAGAUCUUUCAGGCUGAAACAAAAACGUCGAACGGCUACCGCUACUCGUCGGCUUCCGGAACCGUGCGCGGCACCGAAAUGGUUAGUCCCGAGAAGGAACGCCUCCGGCAGUGAUCCGUCAAGUCCCGAUCCGUGUACCUUCCCUUUCCGAAAGACCCAAGCGCCAUAAGAAAUGGAUCUAAUCUCUCCUUAGUCCCUCUGUUAGCCCCCCAAAAAAUUCAACACUCAAUACGGUUAUACUCUUACCAGUGCUGGAAGUUUUCGUUUCCCACGUUCGUUUCGAGACUUAUAUUUUAUUUUUAUUAUUAUCAAUUUUUCAAGCCUGAAUAGAUCAUGACGAGCUUUUUCAUCCCCACAGAUUUUAUCGGUGUCCGUGUGCUUCCUGAUCCGUUUUUUCUCCUCCAAAAAUCCAGAAGACGUCAAUGAAAAGUGGCUAUAAAUUGCUUUUUUCUUUGUUUCUCCUCGUCCUUUUUCGUUGAAUAACUUUCUCAUUUUGUUCCACUUUUUUUAAAUUUUCCAGUAUUUUUCUGUUAGAAAUAAAUAUUUGAACAUAACUAACUCGUAAUAAUUCAGUUUUCAGCAUACGGGCACCGAUUUCAUUUCGUACGUAUUUUUUGACUUCAUUCACCACUUUUUUCGAACAGUAUGGCUUGUCUGCACUCUCUUAUGUCUCGCUCGUAUAGAUGAGAGAGAGAGCGCGCAGACAAGCAGAGCAAACUUGAUCGUCCCGGGUAGCUUCCGGCGAGAGAGAAGAGAGCCUAGAGAAGCUGGAUGUUCCGAAACCGUGGUUAAUGAAGUUUGCACUGUGUGCUCGAGGGUUCCCUCAUUUUUUAACUUCUUGAGAGGCCACUAAAGGGUUUUUUGGAGGUGAUAGAGAAGAGGUUGAGCUGGAAAAUUUCGAAAAAUUAGCAAAAAAAUUGGUUUCGAAAAGUUUUAGAGAUGAUCCUCAUCAACAGUUUUUGAGAUGGUUCAGUGCUCUGAGAUUGCAAAGAAAAUAUAAAGUGGUCUUUUUAGGGUUUUAAGGUACUUGAAGUGGUUUUUAAAGUGGUCACUUAAACAUUUUUAUAAGAUAUUCACUUCUUCAACAUAAAUAGAGUUUUCUAUCAUAAUAUUUGCGGGCAAACCGCUCCGCGACCGCAACGCAUUGAGCCAUUCUCGUGCGGGAGAGAGGCCAGAGAAAAAGAAUUUAUUUCUUUCUCUUCCGUCUCUUAAAUCUCCCUUGCUCUCUCGUUCAACAUAGUCUUUUAAAACAGAAGGGAAAUGUUGAAAAAUAGGCUUUUCAGAAGCCCCUGACUCCAAAAACCAAUGAGAAACGAGUUUCGGCUGAUGAAAUCGCUCUUAUCAACCAAUCAGAUGUUGAAACGGAAAGGACCGCGUUAAGGUAAUGAAAAUACGGUUUAAAAGAGCAUAGUCGAUAAUAAUCUUGGUUAGCCUUCUGCGCUUUUGAAAAACCUAUAAAUCCUGAUAAGACCCUCAAAAUCCAAAAGUUAAUGCUUUCAGAGAACUCGUCCGCACCGCCACUUCCUUCAACCCAUCGAAAAUCGAAAUGGGAAUGUCAGUGGGUAAGAGUUUGCUCACAAGGAGCUUAUGUAGCUCGAAUUUUCAUGAGAAUAAGCCUAGAUGUUCUUUGAUAUACUAGAAGAAGGUGUUGAAUAUAUCAGAAUGCAGAAAUUGGAAUUUUGGGGAAUGGUAGCUUCAACAUUCUCCGAUUUUUCCAGGCGUAAGAUCCUUAAAAAUGAAAUAUAUAUUUUUUUUUUUUUCUGAUCGUUUCCAGAGCUAAGCCCACAAAAAAUUCGUCAAAUAAGAUGUUUCUUGUGCAUUCACCGCUGACGGAAAUUAACAUACUGUCGACAUUUUUUUGAAUUUAUAAAUGGAAAAAUUGUUCAUAUAAAUCACAAAAAGGGCAUUCCUUCUUGCUCAUUUUUAUUUUUUUCAGGGUUUCAUCCGUUUAAAAAUUAAGUUUGAUUAAUCUUUUUUUAUCUUCUAAACUUCAUUUCCCAGAAAAAUUCUACAGCUUCAUUUCAUUUAUUAUUGAAUUCAGUUUGUUUUUUUACCUGACUAGAGCAUUUUUAUAUAUUUUUUUUUAAUUAGCGCUAGAUUUUUCAUCACAUUUCUUUUUUUAUUCAACUUCCCCUAUUGGUUUUCUUUUUUGAAUAUUUAUUCCUUGUUAUUUAUUUUUUCGGUUCUCUGGAAUUGAAUCUAAAGAUGGCUUUUUCUUCAGAAAGUUCUUCAUAAUAAAAAAAAUUGUCGCAGUUUGUGAAACUUUAAUCAAAAUUAUCUUCUUCUAGGUGUCGGUCAGUUCGGUUCGAUCCACCGCGCGAUUUUCAACUCCUUCAACGGCUCUGUCCAUGACGUCAACAUUUAUCUUCUCAAAGGUGCGGGAAUUCCAAAAUUCUAUCAUUUUUCUGCCUUUUUAGAUGUGUACCAUCAAUCUGCGGCUCAAUUAUCCGCUCUGACGUCACAACUGCGGAUGAACGUACUUUCUGGAACCCAUCACAACGUCGUGACCUUGAGGGCCGUUGCUCAGAAUUCCGGAGGUUUUCUUCAGAUUCUGAAGGCUUGAAUGAAAGAUCGAUUUCAGAUUUGCUUCUGAUGUGGGAGCCGUUGGCGCAGCCGACACUUCAGGGCGUCCUGAGGGAGAGUCGUUGUGCCCGCUUUGGGCCCGACGCCUUCAAGUCGGCCUCGUUUUUGUCGGCGGAGCGACUUGUCGCCAUGGCUAUUGGUGAGUUUUCUUGCUAAAUCAAGAGGGAUGUGAAACAAAUCUAUUAAUUGGCUUACUGUAUCUUAAAGGUACGUGUGCAAUUUUAGCAUUUUAGCUGCAUCAAGCUUUUUGAACUUUAAUAUUCGUGACAUCAUUUUUUUUUUCGUACGUUUUCAAAGCAAUACAGCCGAUUCACGGCUAGUUUUUGACGCAAAGAGGCGUGGCCUGUCUGCGCUCUCCACCAACCAGACACUAUAUCGUCUAUUAUCGUGUCAGGACCCUUUUUUCGAUAGCUCAAGAGUCAGCUAUAAAAGGCGUUUGGAUUUCUAUUCACGGGCACAAGUAUAGAAGAAAUAAUGUCCAGCAGAAUCGACACUUCAAAAGCCAUGAUUUCCAGGAUGCUGCAACGGCGUGGAACACCUGACGAAGCGCGGCGUGAUGCACCCCCAUCUGGCGACGGCGAACGUUCUUGUCGCAGAACGAGGCGUCGUCAAGAUCUCCGGCUUUGGUCUCGCCGACCAUCAAGCCCUAAAUGCUUCCACGGAACCUGUAACCCCGAAAAUUCCUCCAAAACUUGAAGAUGUUCCUCCAGAAGCCUCUGCCAUUGCGUUGGCAGUCCCCGGAGCAUUUCAAGACGGAUUCGACAGUCGAUGAGAGGAGUACGGUUUGGUCGGUCGGAGUACUGCUUUGGGAGAUCUUCUCUCUAGGUUUGUCGAUUUUCAGAACUGAGUUUUCAACUUUCAACUCGCAGCGAAUGGACUAUAGUCUGUUCGAUUUUGAAUGUCAAGUAGAAUGACGUCAUUCGAAAACGCUUUGUGGAUGGCUCGCUAUCUGAUUGGUUUACCGCGCCAUUAGGGGGUGGAGCUUCAGCGACGACUUGACAUUUGAAAUCUGAACAGACUAUGACCCUCUCGUGUUCGCGCGCUAUUUUCAUGUUUCCAUGACCUCUCCGGUGAGUGAACAGAGAGGCGCAGACACUCGGAAGUUGUACUUAUUGAAUCUUUUCAUAUUUUGAAUGUCAAGUAGAAUGACGUCAUUUGAAAACGCUCUGUAGAUGGCUCGUUUUCUGAUUGGUUUAUCGCACCAUAAGGGACGGAGCUUAGGCUAUGACUAUAUAUCUUACUUGAAAAUGUUUUGCAGGGUUAUUAGGUCAGAAAAUUGUCCUUUUUGCGGUUUCCAAAGGGUUUUUGGCGCGAAUUUUGUAUUUUCUGAACCAAAAGAGUUCAGGCGGGACUCCAUUCCUGAGCAUCCGGCAAGCCCAACAAUUUGUCGAUUCGAUGCGAGACGGCUCCGCCACGCUUGACCCAAUACCGUACUGUCAGCCGGCAAUGUUCGUUCUUUAUUUUCGAAUAUUUUUUGCUCGAAAACGAAAAAUGUUCUCUUCAGAACCCAGCUUCUCUCUGCGACGACUUCUCAUUCCGCCGAUGCUCGCCCUGAUUUGAGGACGAUAAUUCGGAGAUUAGAAUGCGUUUCUGCGGAUGCCAAGGUCUAGUUUUCACUAUUUUUCAAAUAGGUUCAAAAUCAAAAAACGACUUUUUCACCAAGCUCACAUGGCCUUUGCCGACCCCCCACACGGUGCUUAUUUCACCCAUCAUUUCAGAAAUUGUUGAAAUUUUUUUAAAACACUCUUUAACGUCCAAGUAGAGAUCGGAGUCGGUGGAAGUAGAUACAAAUUUUUAAUUUUCGAGAAAACUUUUUUUGAUAGUGGAUUUUCGGCUGAAACUUCGAGUUGUCUUUUCUGGAAAGCUGGCGAUUUUCGCGUUCUAAAUUUUUUUUUUUGGUUUUCAAGUAAAACUUGGAAUCAGGAUCUUUCAUCAAUCUGCCAAGAAGUUUUUUUUUGUCAAAUUUCGAAUUUUUAGGGGAAUUGAGUCCUUAAUAGGGCUAGGAAUCAUUGAAACUUCAGAGCAAGUGGUUGGUGAAUUAAUUUUUUAAAAAAUGGCUCAAAACAACAUUCAAAGUUUCUAGCUUGAUUUAUAAAAAGAAUCAAGAGUAAAAAAAGAGUCUAAAAUAAUUAAUUAAUACUCAAAAAAAUUAAAUAUUUUCAGGCGCACAUCGACCUGUCCCUCCAUGACGCCUUCCCCUACGUUCCAAUUUCCUCCCAACUGGAACAUCAAACGGAGAACUCGACGUGAGAAAUAUUUAUCAUUUUCCCAAGUGUAUCAUAUUGCCGCUCAGCCAUGAAUUCAGUUGAUCGAUUGUUUGUUGCAGAGUUUAUUAAAGAAUAUGGAAUUUUUGCGUUUUUUCGAUUCAAUCUUAAAAAGUGAAGUUCGAGCCGUUCCAGGAUUAUUUUAGAACGGACCGUACGACCUAUCUGAUCCCCAUAAAUCCCCCCACGAACUUCUGGGUUAAUUUGUUCCUGCGGCCUUGCUUUCUUUUCGAGGCUUCUCCCUAUGCACCCAGAAUGCUGUUCUUGCAAGUUCGGCUUUGCUAUCUCUGAGGAGAUCGCCGCAUUUUAGAAAGCUGGACGUGUUGCGUCACGAUAAUAUAGGACACUUGAAACAGUUAAGGGAAGAUUUUUGAGGUUUUUGGAAACACCAGGAAGUGUUUUAUCAGGAAACAGCUUUGAAAAGUAUCUAUACGAAAGCGGAGGCGAGAGUGUGAGAGGAUGAAGAGGUGACAGAGAAAGAGAGGUUAUCUGUUUCUUUGACGUCUCUUCAGAUCGCUAUCGCUUUUUCAGCUCUGAUUCUUUAAUCUUGAAGAAAGACCCUAGUCUGGCUGUUGAAAGUAGAAAGGAAGUGAUACAGCGAUUUUUAGAGAGGCCAGAGAAAUAGAAAUUCCCUGCUUCUCUGGCGUCUCUUCACGCCACUGCUACUCUCUCAUGAAUGCUUUUUUUCCCUGUUUUUUAAGUUCGAAAAAGCCGCUCAGGAACUCUUGUGUCCCUCAUAAACAGGUAUAAAUUGGCAAGGUCUCAGCCAAAAAGAGCGCUUGGAACCGAUGAAAAAAGUUGGAGACUGGAGAUGCGGAUAGGAGGAGCCGGCUGUAAGCGGCGAACCGUGAACGGCAGCAGAUGGCAACGUCGUCUAUCUGCUGCCGGCGAUCUCUCAGUCCCCGACGACACCUGA